UGGCCCUCGUCUGAUUUCACAGCUCGUCCUUGUUUGGCCUCAGCUGCAUCAGAGCGCCACUUCUCCCCAGGUUCACCAGAGGAAACACCACUGCACAAAAUGCUUUUCCUCCCAGCUGCUGCUCUGUGUUGUCUGUGUUCAGCGCUGGUUGCCAUGGCAGCAGAGCUGAUUCAGGAUGAUUUAACAUUGACCAGGAGAGCUGGUGAAAACGUCUCCUUCAGCUGUGGAGAAACUGACCAGUGUGAGAGUAAUUAUGUAUACUGGUACCAGAAGAAAGACACAGAAACAUUCAUAAGGAUUCUUCGUAUUGGCAGGACAAAGGGUACCAUAAAGAAAACUUACAAUCAUUCUCAGGAAGAUGAUUUCUCAGCUGUAAAUAAACAGAACGGCUGUGAGUUAGAGAUCCAGAGAGUUAAUAUCUCACAUUCAGCCACCUACUACUGCUCCUGCUUUAAAGGGAAACUCUACUGGAUCUUUGGCUCUGGAACUAAACUGUAUGUAGAUGAGCAGGUAGUGAAGCCCGUGGUGAGCGUGUACCCAGCAGCAUCCAGAGCCCACCUGGAGGGGAAGAGCUCCCUGCUGUGUCUGGCCUCAGCCAUGUCUCCUCCUGUGGUCCAGUUCUCCUGGAAAAGACAGAAGAAGAAUGGCACGCUGGAGGAUCUGCAGCCUGCUGAGGGAGAGCAGCUGGAGCUCAGAGAGCCAGGACGCACCGUCGCCAUCAGGGUGGUUGAUCGGGAUGCUCUCUACACAUAUAAAUACCGCUGCUACGUCAAGCACGAGGGGGAAACAGUGGAGGCCCAAACAGAACAAGAGGUUGCUUCUCUUCUUCCACCAUCACCAGCUCCACCAGCAGCUCCACCAGCAGAUCCACCAGCAGCUCCUGUCCCGUCUCAGUACCAGGUGAAGCUGCUCUGUGUGCUGUACACAGUGCUGAUAGUGAAGAGUCUGGUGUACUGCUGUGGACUCUCUCUGCUGAUGAUCCUCAGAAACAAGGGACCGUCCACCAACUGCACACAUGCUGACUGACUGUUUUCUGCUCGCUUUACCCACCAUCACAUCUCAUCAAUUCA